AUGGGCAACAUUCCCAUGCCCUACAUCGAGGAGUCGUCGGAACGUAUCGUCGUCCUAAAUGGUGAAGUUAACGAUUACAUGUCUGCUUCGAUCGUGUCACAGCUGCUUUGGCUCGAGUCCGAUACCCCCGAUAAGCCGAUCACGAUGUACAUCAACUCUCCCGGUGGUUCGGUCACCUCAGGAAUGGCAAUCUACGAUACCAUGACCUACAUCAAGUCACCAGUAUCAACAGUGUGUGUCGGCGGUGCCGCGUCAAUGGCUGCAAUCCUCCUUGCUGGGGGUGAAGCAGGCAAGCGAUUCUCUCUCCCCCAUAGCUCGAUCAUGAUCCAUCAACCACUCGGCGGCACUCGAGGACAGGCAUCUGACAUUAUGAUUUACGCAAACCAGAUCCAGAAGACACGGGAGCAGUCGAAUAGAAUCAUGCAGUAUCACCUCAACAAGGCAAAAGGCCAUGAGAAGUAUUCUCUUGAGGAGAUUAAUGAUCUAAUGGAACGGGAUAAAUACUUGUCUCCUGAGGAAGCUUUGGAACUCGGAGUCAUCGAUGAGAUUUUGACGAAGAGACCUGAGUCUGAGCAAGAGAAGAAAGAGAAAGAGGAGAAGCAGGGCUGGGCCGAUACACCCCAGACGAGUUAA